GUGCCACUGCCGCCAUAGACGCGUCCACUGUGCGCAUCAUGAAGAGCCGCAAGGUGCUGGGCCACCAGCAGCUCGUGCUCGAAUGCGUCGAGCAACUAGGCCGCAUGUUCAAGCCGGACUUAAGGCGAUCAAGAAGCGCACUGAGGAUUUGAUUGCGCGUGAGAACCUGCAGCGUGACAAGGAGAACCCCACCAAAUUCAGAUACCUCGCUUGA